UGCAAGAAUGAACCCCCUGUUUCAACCUCAACCUGCCUUCUCUCCUGCCAUCCAGACAUGUGGAGGGCCUAUGGACAUUGUGAUUGUGUUGGAUGGUUCCAACAGUAUUUAUCCUUGGGCUCCAAUGACCGCGUUCCUCCAGAAAUUAAUACCUGCCCUCGACAUCGGGCCAAAGAAAACACAGGUCAGUGUCAUUCAGUAUGCUGUCGAUCCGAAGUUUGAACUCACACUGAACCAGUAUAAAACCAAAGAUGAGGUGCUAGCUGCAACGUCCACAAUCACACAAAUGUACGGCUCUUCCACCAACACCUUUCAUGCGAUCCAAUAUGCCAGUCAGUGGGGUUUCCAUAGUAAAAACGGAGGGCGACCAGGCGCUGCCAAGGUUAUGGUAGUGGUCACUGACGGGGAGUCUCACGACUCGACCUUCAGUGAUACAGUCAUCUCCGGCUGUGAGGCACAAGGUAUCACCCGCUUCGGUAUCGCUGUCCUGGGUUAUUACAUCCGAAACGACAUCAACACAGACAACCUUAUAAAAGAAAUCAAAUCCAUUGCCAGUGUACCCACAGAGAAGUACUUCUUCAAUGUGUCUGAAGAGGCGGCCCUCUCCACCAUCGCUGGAGCAUUGGGGAGCCGCAUCUUCAACAUAGAAGGCACUGGAAAAGGGGGCGACAACUUUAAGAUGGAAAUGUCCCAGGUCGGAUUCAGCGCUCACUAUUCAAGUCGACAGGAUGUGAUGAUGCUGGGAGCAGUGGGAGCCUACGCUUGGAGCGGCACUGUUGUCCAUCAAAAAGGGUCAAAAGCUGACAUUCUCCCUUUCUCAGCCUUUGAGGGAAUACUUCAAGACAGAAACCACAGCUCACUACUGGGCUAUUCUGUGACCACACUCAGCGAUGUGUCCACAGAAUACUUUGUGGCUGGUGCACCUCGCUCCAACCACUCUGGACAAGUUAUUGUCUAUACCGUCAAUGCCCAGAAACAAUCUGCUAUAAUAGAUUCUGAAAGAGGGAAACAGAUUGGGUCAUACUUUGGGAGUGUCCUGUGCCCCCUGGACGUGGACAGAGACGGGGUGACGGACCUCCUGCUGGUCGGAGCACCCAUGUUCAUGAGCGAUCUGAAGAGAGAGGAAGGCAAGGUCUACAUCUUCCAGGUCACCAAGGGUAUACUGAACGAGCAGGGAUUCCUCAGUGGUCCCCCCCCAACAGAGAACGCUCGUUUUGGGAUGGCCAUCUCUGCCGUUCCUGAUCUGGACCUCGACGGAUACAAUGAUAUUGUAGUCGGAGCCCCACUGGAAGACAAAGGAAAAGGUGUCAUCUACAUCUACAACGGGGAGAAGAACACAUUAAACAAACAGUACUCACAGAGAAUCUUUGGCUCAAAACUGGAUCCUCAGCUGCAGUAUUUCGGACGGUCCCUCGAUAGCUACACAGAUCUGAAUGAUGACACAAUCCCUGACAUUUCCAUUGGAGCAUAUGGCAAAGUGGUGCAGCUCUGGUCCAGAGGUGUGGCAUCUGUCACGGCGGGAGCUUCUUUCAAACCCGAUAAAAUCAACAUUUUCAACAAACCCUGUAACAUUAAUGGACGCAAGCUUACAUGUUUCAACACCAACCUCUGUUUCAGUGCUGCAUUCAGGCCUAAGAAACCUGUUGGACCCAUUGAUAUAUCCUACACUUUGACUCUGGACGCUGACUUGCAGGCUUCACGGGUGACGUCAAGAGGACUGUUCAGUAAAAACAAUGAACGCUACCUCACAGAGAAGGCAAAAAUAUCAUCUGUGCCCCUGUGUCUGAAUUACCAGGUCUAUGUUCAGGAGGCACCAGACUUUGUCAAUUCCCUCAGUCUGAAAGUAGAAAUCGAGCAGCAGAAUGCAGAUGUGAACCCUGUCCUCGAUAGGUUUUCUUCAAGUGCAUGGGAGUUCUUUAUCCCCUUCACAAAAGACUGCGGCUCUGAUGACGUGUGUGUCAGCGAUCUGGUGCUCAGUGUGAAAACAGACACAAAGGCGUCCAGCUCAGCUCCCGUUAUGGUCAGCGCUAAUAACCGAGAACUGUCAUUUGAAGUGGUUGUGAAGAACAAAAAGGAGAACGCGUAUAACACUCAGGUCUUGCUCACUUUCUCUGGGAACCUCUACUACUCCUCUGUCUUCCCUCCUACGGAUGGAGUCAAAUGCGCUUCAACUCAAACCCAAACUGUCACCUGCCAAGUGGGAUACCCAGCAUUAAAAAAAGGCGAAGAAAUGAAAUUUCAGAUGAAUUUUGAAUACAAUCUUGACAUGUUGCAAAACCAAGCCGAGGUGAAAUUUGAGGCCAAGAGUGAUGGUAAAGAGGAAAGACCAGCAGACAACAAGGUGGACAUUUCACUUCCUGUUCGAUAUGAUGCAGGGAUUGGUUUAUCAAGGCAGUCAAAUAUCAAUUUCUACGUGGCAGACACUGCAGUUCCCGUGGUAACAACGGUGACAAGUCUUGAUGAUAUCGGCCCAGUGUUUAACUUCACAGUAAAGGUUUCAACAAGUAGCUUCCCUGUCAGCCUCAUGUAUGUGACCAUCGCUCUGCCAGUGUCCACUAAAGGUGGAAACCAGCUGCUCUACGUUACCAGCGUGGACACACAAACAUAUUGA